AUAUCAAAGUGAGUUAAUUAGUUUGAUAACUUAGGAAUAAUCUUUCUCAACUUUCUUUUAACUCUUGAAGAUUAAAGCAUUUUCUCUAUUCUUUUGAGUCUUAUUAGAGGUAAAAAUAUGACAACUACUUCAUUUGCCAUGCAAUCCAUGAUUUUGGGAAGCCCAGUUAUGUCAAGUUUUUCACAAAGUAAAAAUGUCUUGAAUCAGUUUGUUCCUAGUUGUUACUUGCCACGCCUUCACAGGAGCUCGCCUCUUCGUGUUAAGUGUAUGUCUGAGAAGGGUGAGAAAUUAGAGCAAUCUUCAACCCCUUUGACUGAUUCUGAUGCUACAGUACCCAAGUCAAUACCUGCUCCUCCUGCAAAGCCAAAGGUAAGCACCAAUUUCAUGGACGUAUUCUCAUUCAGUGGUCCAGCACCUGAGAGGAUCAACGGUAGGCUAGCGAUGAUUGGAUUUGUAGCAGCUAUGGGUGUGGAGUUAGCCAACGGUGCAGAUUUAUCUGCACAAUUAUCAAGCGGUGGAUUUUCAUGGUUCCUGGGAUCAAGUGCUUUGCUAACUUUGGCUUCACUAAUCCCAUUGUUCCAAGGAGUUACUGCUGAGUCUAAAUCUGGUGGGAUAAUGAGUGCUGAUGCUGAGAUUUGGAAUGGAAGAUUUGCUAUGUUGGGAUUAGUUGCUUUAGCUUUUACUGAAUAUGUUAAAGGAGCUGCCCUCUUCCAAGUCUGAAUGUAUAUAAAUUCACUAAUAUCAAGUUAAUUUUAUUUCCUUAAAAGCUUAUUUCAA